CAACCACCAUUAGACGCGGUCUCAAUUCAUCCCAAUAUAAUCCUCAUUAUUAGGGUUUCAACUUUCAACCCUCUUAUCAUCGCUUUUCCAAUUUCCUCAAUUUUCUCUCUCAAUCUUCUCUCUUUUCCCUCUCUCCUCAAUCCAUUCGUCGCUUUCAUACCAAUUUCAAGUUUUCAUCUCUGUUUUUCCGCCAAUUUCAGAGUUUUAUAAACCCUAAUUUUGGGAAAUUGGUAUUUGAAAUCCAUCUAGGUUUUGUUAAAUACUGAGAGAGUUUUCAAAUUAGAGAGAAAAAUUCCAUUUUUUUAUCCAGUUUUUUUGAUUUUAACAACUGGGUCUGUGAGUUUGGUUCUUUGAUAUUGGUGUUUAUGUGAGAAUGCGUACUACAACAGAAUAUCAAGGUUCUUCUAUUUUGAAUCUUCGUGGACCUCAAGUUCACUCUAUGGAACAAUCAAGCUUUGAAAAUGAGCUUGAUCUGUUUCAAAAACAUAUUUCUGAUAGGUUUAAUGAGUUAUGUUCUGUUUCAAAUGAUGAAUUGCUUUCUCUUUGUUGGGUUAGGAAGCUUCUAGAUUCAUUCCUUUGUUGCCAAGAGGAAUUCAAGAUGAUUCUUCACAAUCAUAAAUCAAGAGUUUGUAAACCGCCUUUGGAUCGUUUGGUAGGUGAUUUCUUUGAGAGGAGUUUGAAGGCAUUGGAUGUAUGCAAUGCUAUUAGAGAUGGUGUUGAACAAAUUAGGCAAUGGGAGAAGAUUUUGGAGAUUGUUCUUUGUGCAUUGGAUCACAAAAGAAACAUCGGUGAAGCGCAAUUUCGUCGCGCUAAGAAGGCUCUUGUUGAUUUGGCUAUUGGUAUGCUUGAUGAUAAUAAGGAUUCAAAUUCAAAUGUUUCUUCAUUUGCAAAUAGAAAUAGGUCAUUUGGUAGAAACAAUGGUAAUCGAGAUCGGCAUUAUCAACAAAAACAUGAAUUUGGUCAUUUUAGAUCACUUUCUUGGAGUGUAUCAAGAAAUUGGUCGGCUGCAAGACAACUACAAGCAAUUGGGAACAAUCUUUGUUUUCCUAAGAGUAGUGAUCUUGUGGCUUCAAAUGGUCUUGCAUUGCCGAUUUAUACGAUGAAUUCAAUUUUGUUGUUUACAAUGUGGGCUCUUGUGGCUGCAAUUCCUUGUCAAGAUAGGGGGUUAAAUAUUCACUUUUCGAUUCCGCGGCAGCUUUUGUGGGCUGCUCCGGUGAUAUCGCUCCAUGAACGGAUUUUGGAGGAGUCGAAGAAGAGGGAGAGGAAGAAUUCUUGUGGUCUUUUGAGGGAGAUUCAGAAGAUUGAGAAGUGUGCUAGGGUGAUGAAUGAAUUGGCUGAUUCUUUGCAGUUUCCUUUGAGUGAGGAGAAAGGAAAGGAAGUUAGGGUUAGAGUUGAAGAUCUUGUGAAAGUUUGUGAAACCUUGAAAAAUGGAUUGGAUCCUUUGGAACGUAAAGUGAGGGAAGUGUUUCAUAGAAUUGUGCGUGGUAGAACAGAAGGGCUCGAUUCUCUUGGUCGGGAGUAAUAGAAAUAUCAGUUGUCAUUGCAUGCAAAGCACUGAUACAGAUACUAGACAUCACACGAAUGUGAUUUGUAGCUUCUUUAGUAAAGUGAAGAUUGUGGAAAACAACCGCAAAAUAGUAUAAAUUCUGUGUGAAGGUUUUUGUUUUUGUAUUUAUCAACAUACUUAAAAAUGUAUAGAAUAUAAAAUUUGAAUUAGACCUUUGUGGUCUAUGUUGUUUUAUUUUCUCUUUUUGCUUUAUCUUAUGAUCUUGCACUCUAUAAUCAAAUUUCUUUGUGAAUUGUUGCCUUUUUGUUAUUCA